CUUGUUCUUCUUCAGUGGUGCUUCGGCCAACUAUAGAUAUACACAAUAUUUAACACUCUCUGUCUGUCUGUCUGUCUCUCACUUGGUUAGAGAGAGAAACUACAUAAACUAUAGAAGGAAAGUUCUGGGUUUUGGGAGGAAGAAAGCACAGAAAACCACUGGAGAGAGAGGAAAGAGGAGAGAGAAAGAGAUGUUUGCAUCAGAGAAUGGGUUGCGAGGAGACCCAAGGCUAAAGGCGAUAACAGAAGCAAUAAGAGUUGUUCCUCACUUCCCAAAACGAGGAAUUAUGUUUCAGGACAUAACAACGUUGUUAUUGGAUCACAAGGCGUUCAAGGGCACUGUUGAUAUCUUUGUGGAUCGUUACAGAGACAUGGGCAUCUCUGUUGUUGCUGGUGUUGAAGCUAGAGGAUUUAUGUUUGGCCCUUCAAUUGCGUUGGCAAUUGGUGCAAAAUUUGUUCCUCUACGUAAACCCAAAAAGUUGCCAGGGGAAGUUAUCUCCGAAGACUAUGAGCUCGAGUAUGGCACUGAUUGUUUAGAGAUGCACCUUGGGGCUGUUCAACCUGGGGAACGUGUUUUGGUCAUUGAUGAUUUAGUGGCGACAGGGGGGACACUAUCUGCAGCCAUAAGGCUUUUAGAACGUGUUGGGGCUGUGGUAGUUGAAUGUGCAUGUGUUAUUGGGUUGCCAGAGUUAAAGGGACAGAGCGGCCUGAAUGGAACACCACUAUAUGUCCUUGUGGAGCCUCGCCAGUAGACAAUUUGUCUGUUUUAUGCAAUAGGGUCAUCUGCUAGGAGAGCUAAAAUGGAGCAGUUUAUUGUCUGGAUGGUCGAUGUGUGCUUACAACCAAGUUCUUUUAUUCCGGGCAUGAGGUGUAUGGCUUGAUGAGUCCCGAGGGCAAACAAAUAUGAUGGGAAGGUGUUUUAAGCAUGAAAACUAGGGUUUUACGAGUCAUAGGCUCCACUCGUCUGCCUGGUGUUGGUGAUGCUUAGUAAAAAAGCUAGGUUGCAUUUUUUUUUCUUUUUCUUUCUUUCUUUUCCUGCUGGAGGUUUGCUUGUGCAAUCGUUGUUGUUAUGUACCAUUCAUUUUUCAUGGAAUUGAUUUCCAGAAGAUUGUAUUUGUGUUGUAUUUCUAAUCAAGAUUUAAAAACCCAAAAUGGGGACAUUCUGCUCUUGAAAGA